CCUCGGCCGAUCUUCGUUUCGCGCUCACGUCCAGCGCACUAUUUCCCUUUGCCGAUCUCCCUCGGCCACACGCAUCAUUUUCGCACAGUGUACCCUACAUAAACGAUCGGUACACCAGCUUACGUGUAUUCAUAUACAUGUACAUAUAUAUACCCACGUCUCGAAGGGAACAGUGCAUGUGUCAGUGUCGUUCGUACAUGACAUACUAGACCAUUAGAGGGUCCCGCGCUCGCGUAAUAUUUUAUGCGCACCAGCUGCUACCAAAAUGGCUGCCCCUUGAAUUUUGCGAGUCCGGGUAUUGCAAAAAAACAAAAAAACAAAAAUCAACAAUUACAACGUUAUAUACAGUGAUUUGGUUUGUUGGUGCGGUUAAUUCUGUUUUAUUGCCGCAAAUGACGCCCCGUUGGUGAACCAACCAGGUAUACCACUGCUGCAGCCGGGAUCACUCGCUGCUCUGCCUCCUCCUCUCAUUUCGUAUACCAACACCAAGUGUUUAACCGAGCAAAGAUCGGAGUGGCGAAAGUCCAACAGCCACCAGCAGCCGUAGAGCCGUCCGAUAUUUUGUGCCCCAUGAGGCAAGCUGACCGAGGACCAUUGGCGAGGAGAAGGCCGGCCGGCGCGUAGGGGCUCAGCAAAGGACCAACGAUGCACUCGAGAAGCUUGAGUCUGGUGGUGCUGCUGCUCCUGGCGAGGGAUGUCUUCGGACACGUGGCGCUGACCUUCCCCAAGGCGCGCCAGUACGACCUCGAUUUCCUGGACAACGCCAGGACACCCGGGCCCUGCGGAAUGCCCAGAGGUGACAUCAAGACCUCGUUGCUAUCUGGAAGCAGUUUCAACGUGACGUGGCACUUGGCCUAUCCGCACAGGGGAGGAUUCAGACUUCAAAUACUGGACGCGCUGGACAGGCCCCUCGUCGACCUGACUCCGGUGACGAAGCAGAGCGAGUUCGUCGAGACCGACGCGACCGCGCAGAGCUACGCCGUCGAGCUACCGGCCAACUUCACCUGCACCGACUGCACCAUCAGACUACUGCGGGAGGCCGAGGAGUGGGGCACGUCGUACAGGUUUUGGUCCUGCGCGGACGUCGACAUCGUCGAGAAGAAAGCGUACAGGGAGGACUGCAGCGGCCACGGGCGCUCGGUGCUGGGCCGUUGCAGGUGCGACAGGUUCUUCUACGGGGCGCGCUGCCAGUACCGCGAGGAGUGCCUCGACGACUCGGACUGCGGGACCCAGGGCGUGUGCAUCGACAACGGGGGCACGACCCCGCCAACCAGACACUGUUACUGCAACAUCGGCUGGUUCGGCCCCGGAUGCUCGAAACGCUCCGUGAUGAAGAACGUCGACCUCGACCUUCAGUCGUACACGAUGAAGCGCUUCUCCGACGAUUUCACCUUCUACUGGCGUAUCCUCAAGGACUCGAAGGAAUUCGAGGGCGUGGCGGUUGUGAACGGGACCAGCUGGGUCGGGGUGGGCUGGCGCCCGAGUGGUCUGACCUCGGCUUGCCGGGCGGUGCCGGAGAUCCGCGAGCGGGGCAAAAAAGGCACUCCGGAACCCCUGCCGCGGCCGGAGCCCAAAUCCGAGCCUGAACCGGAGCCCAACGACAGGCAGGCCAAUCCGUCGACGGAGCCGGAGCCCGAAGCCAAGCAAGUAAAAUUAAACGGUAACAACAAGCGCUCGGCGAAGCACGAUGAUCCCGUCACUCCGCUGCCGGACGGCGACGUCACCGUCCAGACGAGCGUCACUUACCGCGUCAGCACGAAACAAGGUCGCAAAAAGAGGUCGCCCCAGCCGGAUCCCCAGCCGACCGGGGAGCCAGUCAGCGAGCCAGAACCUCCUCAGACUAAAUCCGAGCCCUCCCCAGAGCCCCCAUCCUCCGAGCCCGAGCCAUCAUCCGCCGAACCCGAACCUUCCUCCGAACCCGAGCCAUCAUCCGCCGAACCCGAACCUUCCUCCGAACCCGAGCCAUCAUCCGCCGAACCUGAACCAUCCUCCGAACCCGAGCCAUCAUCCGCCGAACCCGAACCUUCCUCCGAACCCGAGCCAUCAUCCGCCGAACCCGAACCUUCCUCCGAACCCGAGCCAUCAUCCGCCGAACCUGAACCAUCCUCCUCCGAACCCGAGCCGUCGUCCUCUGAGCCUGAACCAUCCUCCUCCGAACCUGAGCCAUCAUCACCACCAUCCUCCGAGCCUGAACCAUCCUCUGAACCUGAACCACCGUCCUCCGAACCUGAGCCAUCAUCACAAUCCUCUCCAGAGCCCAGGUCAGAACCUUCGACUGAGCCCUAUUUGGAAGAUUCAAAACAACAGUCUAAUGAAAAAUCAGGAACGAGCAAAGUUGGCCAUCCAGGUGUCGGACUACAUAAGUACACUCCGAAGCACGACUUCAAUCCGAUGGACUGUACGGACAUAGUUAUCGGUUCGGCUCGAGGAAUGAAGCACCGUAUCGGUGACUACUACACAAGAGACAGAUCGACACCCCACCCCGACUCCUUCUGGGGUGGCAAGGACAGUCUCACGGCUGCAAUGGGCUUCGAGAGGGACGGUGUUACCACGAUUCUUUUCAGGCGCAAACUCGCGAGCGACGAACACUUCAGCGACCAUGAGAUCAUUGAUGGCGCUAUGCAGGUCAUUUGGGCCAAGGGUCAAGAGCCCGGUAAAUACAUCCACGUGCCUGCUAGUGGAGUAGAGCAGAGUAAAGUUAGCGUCAAGGACUUUUACAAGGCCGAUGAACUCAAGUACCACGGGCACAAGUCCCAACGAGGAGUAACGAGCAUCAAUUUCUUUGAGGAGAAAGGAAGGGAAGAUUUUGGCGGAGGAGUGACAAUGGAAGGUGGAGGCUGUGGCGGAGAAUGGCAUUACCCUCGGCACUGCUCACCGGAAAAUUACACGUGCGAGUACCGCAUCAAGUGGUUAUACAAAGCAAGGACUGAGGAAGUCGCUUUCACAAUCGUGACAAAGAACGUUGACACGUGGACGGGAAUCGCGUUCUCCAAAGACGAGAAAAUGUCGCACACGGACGCCAUUCUCGGAUGGGUGGACAAGACCAGCGGAAGGGCGUUCCUGAUGGACACUUGGGUGAACGGCUACAACUCGCCAGUCCUCGAUCCCCAGCAAGACAUUUUCAACUUCAGCGGUCGCAUCGACAACGGCGAGACCACCUUAAAAUUCACGAGGAAGCGGGACACGAGGGACUCGCGCGACCUGUCUUUCACCGACGACCAGUGCCUCUAUCUGAUGUUCCCGGUCAAGGGCGGCACUUUCAACCCCGUAAAUAAAAAAAUCCGCAAACACGAGACCGUACCCAUCGUCUCCGCCCAAAAAGUCUGCAUCAAGUCCUGCGGCAUAGAUGAGGAGGACGAAGCGACAACGCCGGUGCCUCCGCGUCUGUUUUACGACGUCGAAGUCAGACUGGUGAAUCUCGGCGACGGCUACAGGGCACCGAUGCCGGGAACUCCCGACUUUGAGGACCUCUCCAACACGAUCGCCGGGAGUUUCUCCCCGACCCUGGAAAAGGUUCCGGGCUUCCACCAGCUGAAGCUCAACGAAGUUCGAAAGAACGGCAACAACGCGGUCAUCGCGAAGAUGAACCUGGCGAUCGACAAGAACGAGAUCAAGGGGAGGGCUCUGAGGCCCCAAGAUACCGCUGCCAUGGCCGAGGCGGCCCUCACGGAGGCCCUGGGGACGGGAAAGGUUGGAGCACUCACGGUUGACCCGCAGUACCUCGUACUUCGCUCGCACACGCAGAACGACCUGGAGGAAAACGAUCUCGAGAAUCAGGGGAGCGAAAACUCGUUGAUGGCGGGGCUGUUUCUGGGCGACACGAAGGCUUACGUGAUCAUAGGCAGUGUGGCUGUCCUGGUGGCUCUUUUGGUCUUCCAGGCUGGAUGCACCAUGUACAAGGCCUCGAAGAAGCGAACGACAAAGGAUCGUCUGAUCGCCAAGAACGCGUGGCGGGACUACUCGUCGAGCGCGAACACGAACUUCGCCUUUGAGGCGUUCGAAACGGAGGAGAAGUCGCCACCGCCGCCGAUAUCGAGUCUGUCGCGGGCCCGCGAGUCCAUGAUGAUGACCAACGGCCACUCGGCGGUCGACGGCCACCACAAGCCGACGCAGAUGCAGCAGCAGCCGCCCCAGCAGAGGAGCAGCAUGAGCGCGAUGAUGCCGCCGGGACCCCGGGCCACGUACAGUCUGCCCCGAGCACCCGGGCCCAGGCCGUCGACGGUCAUGUCUCCCGCCGGUGGGCCCGGCCAGGGCUACUACACCCAGGACCGGCGGAACACACCCAGAUACGCCAACAAUGGCAAAGGGCUGAACGGCCAUCACGCGCAGCCGGCGGAUUUUUAUUUCAUGCCCUCGCAGCGCAAGUACAGUGGCGAGGUCGUGCGAGUCUACGUCGACUACGGCAAUCAGAAGCACAAGUAAUUACUUGAUCCGUUGCACGAGUGGUCUGUUUGUUUGUGUGCAAGUGCUCCGAUGGCGGAGGUUAAUCAGGUAGGGAUGGACGACAAUAAUCAAAUUAUCGCGCGAGGUACAGUUCGAAAAGAAUAUGUUUUUGUAUUAUUUAUAAAUAUAUACAUUACUUUAUCUAUUAACUAUAAGCUGAGAUGUUGCAUGGAACGAAAAUUUUCUAUUUUAACUGGCCUCAGAUAUUAUAUGAAGAAAAAAAAGACAUUCGACGAGUACGACAAAAGGGAAACUGUGUCCAAUAUUUUUUGGUAGUCUGCCUGACGAAUGUCAUCGAUUCUUUCAUGCAACGUCCCAGUUGUUGAGGUGUUGGAUUGAGAAGUGCGUGAAUCGUGAAGACAUAAAGUAAUAUCGUGGAAGAAGACAUAAAAUACACAAAGUCGCGAAUUUCUCAAUCUCGUAUCAAUUAAAAAAUUGCAAUAAUAUUGUAUGUACAUAAUAUAUGACACUUAUCAUUGUUAAAAGACAUCGUUGAUUUGUAUUUUUACUAACGUAAGUAUGUUAGGUGUGAAAUGUGAGAUUUACUCGAUAUUGUUGUUUGACUUCGUCGUAACUCGUAAAAAAAGCAAUAUUCAAGUUACAAAAGAGUUUUACAACGUACUGUAAAACUUGUUAUAUUAUAAAGUUAUUACGUAGAACUACAGACAUUGAGAAACCCCAAAAACUUGCAAAAGUUUUAGCUUUAACAUGUAAAUAAGUGAAAUGCUCAACAAUGCCAGUCACUUGUGUGCAGAUUAUUUUUAUACAUAUUAAAUAAAUAACUUUAUGACGGAAAAUUCUACGUAAAAUUAUAUACACAUAUUUCUGCGGCACCUGACGAGGCAUCAAACUAAUGGAGCAUGCGUGUAUAUUUGCUCGAUCUUUAUGGCAACAGUAAUCUUUAGAUUGGUUAAGCCAAUGUAAUUUAAACGUUUGUAAUUUAUAAAUUUUUCUAACGAGAAAAAUCAAGGACUUUUCAAGAAAAUUAAAAUCCUAACAUAAUUGUUAAGUUUAUUUUUAGUUGAUUAAUUUUAAAAUGUUUUUUCAUUCUCAACAUAAGUAUGAAAAUCAUGAAUGAGAAAUGAAAUGUUUGUACAUUUUUAACCCAUUUCAAGUAUUUCGAUUUAUUUGACAAAAAAUAAAAACAUAUUAUUACUUAUACUUUGAAUUAUUUAGUACAAAUAGAUUUCUCACAAUACAGCAAAAGUUUGUUUUCAAACAUAAUAUAUCCAUGGAGGACCACACAGAUGGAAAAAUCUUUUAGGAAAAUUUAUUUUAAUGUAAAGAUCAAUGGAAUGAUAAAUGACAGACACGAAAAAAAAGAAAACAAAACAUGUUUAACGUGUCAAUAUCGUUUAUUUUACUUCAAAAACCUUGAAAGGCAUAUAAGGGUGUUGGAAACACUGUCGAGUAUCGUCAGGAGAUCGAAAAGCGUGAACACACGGCUCUCACAAUA